AUGGUGACGGAGGUGGAUGAGGCUGGUGGAGGAGAGGUGGAGGAGCCUGGUGGAGGAGGCUCGUUGGAGGAGUGGUGGAGGAGCCUGGUGGAGGAGGCGGCGGAGGCGGCGAGGGAGGCCGUGCAGGUGUCGCAGGUGGAGCAGAGGCAGCAGCAGCAGCAGCAGCAGCGGCAGCAGCACGAGCAGGAGCGGCGCCGCCACACACUAGCGCCCCUGGCGGCGUCCGGCGCUCCGCCUUGCCUAAAAUGGCGGUGUUGGGGGUCGGCGCGCGCGGCCGCGGUUAGUGUGACGGAGCAUGUGCCCGCGGCGCCCGGCCGCUCUCGCUCCCCCUGCUGCUGCUGCUGCCGCUGCCCGUCGCCGCGCCUCUCCUGCUCAGCCUCCACAGCUGCAGCAGCCUUCAGCCCCGGCCCGAGUGGGAAUAGUGACUGCGGACGCGCACAGGCGCCGAGAGCGCGGGUGGAGGGGCAGCCGCAGCCGCAGCCGCAGCAGCCCGCGAGACCUUAG